UUUCAAAAUCUAUUUGUGUGAGCAGAACUGUGGUACUGCUGCAGAAAACUCAUGCAGCAGCUUCACUCUUGAAAACGUGUAGCUUGCUUUCUAUCUCACUCUUUGAUUUGGUAGAUGCUCUUUAGAGGUAAAGGAGACAAGGACAGCAGGGGUCCAAUAUUGCCCCAGGGGCUCUAACCAUUCUGAUUAUUAAAAUAAUGAAAUAAUGCAGGUUGUUGAGUAGCUAACAUGUAGAAGUCACUACCUCCUUUGUGCCGUGUCUCUUUACAAAACCGCCAGGCAGUUUAGAUGAGAAUGGCCUUUUCAAAGCAAUACAAAUAAAACCUGUUGGCAUACCUUGUGCCCCUGAGUUGCCCUGGCCACUUCUACGUAAACCCCACUUUGAGAAGCCAGGUUCCCAAAAUGGCUUUAGAAGCAUUUCCAUACCUACUUUAAUCUAGCUUGAUGAUUGGCACGCAUCACACUGAAAUGGAAUAGCAGGAAAAUCUGCUGGCAAACUUGAAGCUUUUCUACAUGAGGUGCUUAGCCCACUGUUUCCAUUGUGGGUGGAAAAUGUGUCCUUUGGAGCUUUUUGUUGGGUUUUGUAUUGCUCUGCUUUUCUGAGUAUUAUUUUAACCAACCACUAGAUUGUGCUGUGGUAUAACUGCAGUUUAGUAAAUUUGUGACUUCUUAGGAGGUUUUUGUUUGAAAGUAAACACCUGGUUUUGCUUGCUCUAAAAAAUUCUGCAAAAAUGAUAGGAAAACACAGAAGAGGGCCUGGAAGAGGAUGAUGCUAUGGAAAGGCCCUGCAAACGCCUGUGGGAGCGAGGUCAUGAAUGCACAAUAAAAGUCUCAUGCAAAGAAACCCAGAGUAAGGAGGAGGACGGAAAUCCAAGCCCAAAGCUCCCCUUCCUCCAUCUGAGAGAAAGAUCUCUGAUUCGUCUUUUGAUGAUUCGGAACUAACCCUGUUCAGUAUGGAACAAAAAGAGAAUAUGAUUGACAGAGACAUUGAACUGUCCGUGGUUCUUCCAGGGGAUGUGAUCAAGUCUACUACUGUUAAUGGCAGCAAACCAAUGAUGGACUUAUUGGUAUACCUUUGUGCACAGUAUCGUUUAAAUCCUUCAAGCCAUACUAUAGACCUGAUAUCAGCAGAGAAGAAACAGAUCAAAUUCAAGCCAAAUACACCCAUUGGGAUGCUUCCGGUUGAUGAAGUUAUUUUAAAGCCAAAACAAAUGGAUAAGAAGAAGCCCACCCCAGUCAUCCCAGAGCAAACGGUGAGAGUAGUAGUAAACUAUAAGAAGACCCAGAAGACUAUUGUCAGAGUUAGUCCUCAUGUACCUCUUCAAGAGCUCUUGGAAACCAUUUGUAGCAAAUGCGAUUUUGAUCCUUUACACACUGUGUUGCUGAAAGCUUACCAGUCUCGGGAGACUCUUGAUUUGACAAAAUCCCUCAACGAACUCGGACUCAGAGAACUCUACGCAAUGGAUGUCAGCAGAGCCACCACACCAACUGGAGAAUUCAGCUUGUCAUCUUUACAAGACUCUUGUCAAAACUCACAAAAUUCUGACAUUUUGAAGGAGAAAGAAAAUAAAGGCUUCUUUGGCUUUUUUCAGCGAAACAAGAAGAAACGGGAACAAACUGCCAGUGCUCCUGCAACUCCAUUGCUGAGUAAGCCGCGGCCAGCCUUCGUUAUGAGAUCCAACGUGAUACCGAAGCAGUAUGACUCAAAUACCCUGCCAUCCGAGAUGCCAAAGAAACGACGAGCUCCUUUGCCCCCCAUGCCUACUUCUCAAAGCGUGCCCCAAGAUCUCGCACAAACCCAGGACAAACCUGCAGGUUGCGUGGUGAAGUCUAGCAGUGUGGAUGAAUCUGACAAGGGACUUUCAGGAAUAGGAAUAGUGAGAACAGGCUCUCUUCAACUCAGUGGUACUUCAUCAGUUAAUUCUUCUUUGAAGCGAGCAAAGCGCAAAGCACCAACGCCGCCUCCCAGAAAAGCCCAGGGCCAGAGUGACAACAGCAUCGGGACAGGAUCUGAAUCGGCAGAAUCAGUUCAUACUGAAGGCACUGUUAAAGGAAAUUGCUCAGAAGCGCUGUCUUCACCAGGCCAUGUAGUUGAUCUAACCAGGACCACAGUGCCAUCAGGUGCCUCUUGCUCCUUCGAAUCAACCAGUCAUGACCAAAGCAAUAUUCAGCAAGUCUCAGAGGAAGGUAGCCUUUUGGGUAACUCUGAUACUCCAGAUGAGUCUGAAGUGUCUCAUAAAUCCGACAUUGGCUCUGAAUAUAGCCUAGAGGAGAUAGAUGAGAAAGAAGAAAUGCACAAUGAUAGUGCAGACACUGCUCUCACAGCACAAGAGAGUUCUACCUCUCUCAGUGCUCCUGAAGUUCCACUAGAUGGUCAUCAAACUGAACCUGCACCAUCAGCUUCUGAACCUGCCACUGAUGUUGGAGAGAAUGCUCAGAACUCAGAUGAAGAAAAUACAGAAAAGAUGAGAGCAGAUGCCAAAGCUCAGCAAACUCAGAUACUCAGAGAGAAAGUUACACUUGACAACGGCAAGCCACUUGGAGGAUUGCAACUGAAUGCAAACAAUGGUUGUAGUGAUGCCACAGAAGAAAGAAAACUCGAUGUGCUAGAAGGAAGAGAAACUAACAAGCUUGAAGCAUUGAACUGCCAAGUCUAUCAGAAUCACACCUCUCUUAAUCAGGAGCAGACCCCUCAAGUACUCCUGGCAGUGCAUGAUCAAAAACAGGAGUCCUCCACUGUUGAGACUGUAAAGACUCAAGAUGCUGCAAUUCAAACAAUCCCUUCAGAUAAUAACUUAUGCCAGACUGAGAGUGCUGAUCCUCAAGGUUUCCAGCAGCUAACCCACAGAAGUUCGACUCAAACGCAGAAGGCACUUUUAAAGAAUCCACCCUCAGGGUUCCUGAACAGGGUACAUGAGGCAGUAGGAACUAUGACAGAACCUGACCAUCAGAGGCAACAAUCAGCACAUGGAAGAGCGAGUCCUAAUGGCAACCAAAACCAACCAUUUGCAAAUGAUAACCACAGUUUAACACAGAGAGUUGUCAAAAGUCCAGUUAGUUCUCCCACAAAAAGUUACCCACUUUAUUGGCAAGAGUCAAAACCUAAACCAAAGCCUUCUAAUGAGAUUACAAGAGACUAUAUACCCAAAGUUGGAAUGACUACUUACAAAAUAGUACCUCCAAAGUCUCUGGAAGUAGUGAACAACUGGGAAUUGGAGAAUCAAGAAGCAACCUGUUUGCACAUGUCUCCUAAGAAUGAGCUUUCCCAAGAAUUUGGCACACAAACUGAAAAUCUUAACAUCUCAAAAAGCCUGAAACAAACAGGACCUGGUUUUAGGCAUGAAGUCAUGUUGCCAGAGAAUGAUCCACUGGCUAAAACAUACAGUGCUGAUAAUUCCAUAGCCUCUUUCUCUGAUGCCAGAACCAAGAAAACGGAAGUGGAACCUUCCAAACCUAAAAUAAUAGCUCCCUUAGCACUAAGCACAGAAAACAAAAGCACACCACCUGCAACACAAGCAAAGCCAGUUAUCUUAAGUCCUACAGCAAAACCGAGCAAUUUUUAUUUACAGAUGCAAAGGAGGGUUUCUGGGCAUUACGUGACAUCAGCAAUUGCAAGAAGUGGUUCUCUCAGUAGCUCUACUCAGAGUGAAGCUAAGAGUGUAGAGCCAGAGAAAAAGGUGCCAUCACCAGAUCGAACCUCUUUUCCAUUUCCUAGAACAGUUAAUGUCCCUUCUCAGUUAAUAGAAGAAAAGACUGAAAAUGGCCUGGAAAAAGCAGAAGAUGUAGCUCCUCCUGUAAAAACGCCUGUGUCUCCGAAUUCUUCCCCAUCCCAGCCUUCUCCAUUUAAUCCAAAAACUCUGAGGACUUUUGUUUUGCCGCAACCGUAUUCAAGUUCCAGGCCCUCACCAUUUGCUCUCGCUGUAUCAUCAGCAGUUAGAAGAUCACAGUCGUUUAGCAAGACAGGUACCAACACAUCCAGGCCCUUAAGGCAGCAAACCUCUCUUGACCUUUCCUCAUCAGUGUCUAGCACUGAGAUAAAGGAUUUGUCUCCUUUGCAGAGCCCAACAGCACAGCCACAACAGAGCGUGACAGAGAAGAAGAAUAAUGGCGGAAUCCAUGCGCAGAGCAAGCCAGCGCCUCCUUUAUCCGGCCACCCAACAGCGGCUGCCUCAGAGAGAAGCCUGGCUGUGACACUCCAGCGCCCUGACCCAGAACAGAUCCACCAGACCCUGCUGGCUGCAAUCCGCUCUGGGGAAGCGGCUGCCAAAUUGAGACGGGUGGGGCCUCCAUCAAAUACGGUUGCCAUAAAUGGAAGAGCUAGUCUUGGUUCCUCGGCGUCUCUUGAAGCAAGACACAGUAAUCAUUAGGAUUCCAUACCAAAUAUUUUGCACUUUAAUCACUGCUGCAUAGACCUGCUGCAUCAAUUUACUUCACAGUUAACUGCAUAUUAUUGAAGACUACACAUAAUGCAGGGUUAUAUUGGUGUAUAGUUUCAGUUGAAGCAUGGAAACUUCAUGGGAUGCCUCAAAGAAUUCUUAGACUGUAUAAUUUAUAGGAUUUUCAGCCCUUUCUCUUUAGAGCUGAAAAUGCUGCUUCAAGGCUCAGAAGAAUUUUGGUUUUUUGCUGUUGUGAUAAUCAGAUAUGUUGAUUUCCACUUAACCCAUAAUAAAUUAUAUGUAACAACAUGCUGUACAGUGCUAAUGUAUGACAGUCUUAAUGUGUAUAACUGCCUCAUAAUUAUAUUUAGAUGUAUAUGAGUUUUAAAUAUAGUUCUUUCACCUGUUGCCUUGAUUUUUACCUAGGAAAUUAAUUAUUGCACUUGGUAAGAUCAUUUUCUAGAAUUGGAAUUGGUUAUCUUUUCUUCAACUAAAAAAUUGUGUAAGUUUCUUCCAACCAAACUUACACACUUCUUAAAGGACAUUGGCUGCUUAGAUUUCUCAUUGAAAUCAGCAGGACUUAAAGGUGCUUAACUUUUGAUGAGUCACACCUGUUUGGAAUUAGCAUAAGCUGUCGCAUACUUUCUAGCACCAGAGUGCAGAAAUAAAACAGGAAGACUCUGGUGACUAGUUUCCUAACCCAACAUGUGUGUUUUCUUGUAUGCAACAUUUGCUUUAAAGGCAUGGUACAGCAAGGUGCCUUACUGCUGUAACGUUACAACACCAGAACUGCUGAGCUCAUGGCUGUUUGCCAGCAGCCCAAACUAUGCAGAAAAAUCUGAGUAGCAGAUUACAACUGCACUGCUGAGGGCAGAUUCACACAACCUGCAGUACCGCUCUAGACAACAGGUGUAUGGAUCACUGCUUGUUACAUUACCUAGACUCUGCAUGGGUUUUGUAUCCUGUGCUAAAUUCCAGUAAUAUGCCAGCUACCAUCCUGCCACAAGUUUGACAGCUGAACAGAAAUGAGAGAGGAAGGAUGUGUUGGCGAGGGGAGAGACAAGGAGGUAUAUUGGAUCACCAUCACAAGCAUCCGGGAAUCUCUGCUAGCUGACAAGUGGCAUUUAAGAGUUAAGGCAGCUCUGGGCUGCACCAAAGACUCCAGAAUCUAAUUUGGAAGCUGACAUAAAUUCACGUGCAAGGAAGUGGGCUGUUGAUUAGCUACCAUUUGAGGCACCCUCAAGGGAGAGCAGCUUUGGCAUGGAGCAGCCAAAUUUCACUCAGUUAGGCUGAGAAUAAGGAAUUAAGAACAUCUGAAUGCAGAAUUCUGUGCAAAGGGCUUUCUCCUUUAGUAUUCAUAAAGGCAAUGCCUUAUUUUAUUGUCAGUUGAUUUUAAAGCAUUUCUUUGAAAUCCAGGAAAUUAAAGGCAGAACCUCAUUUUCUGGAAGUAGGUAAUGUGAUAAUUAUUUCUACACUGCACAAUCUGUUUUAAGGACACUUUACACAAUACAGUGUCAAUGAAGUAGUUUUAUCCAUGUAUAGAAUUCUCUUGCUGUAAAAUUUAAUAAUUGCUACUGAGAUAGAUAUGUAAGGUAGAGCAAUGAUUCACAGACAGCAAAAUCUUUGGAACAGACCAGGUAUCUCUUUGUUCAUAUUUUUCUGUAAUCCCUGUGAAAUUAACAUUGCAUUUGUAUGACCAAAUCUAUUUGCAAUCAAACAACGGAAUUGUGCAUAUAGACUACAAAUCCUGGGAUAUUUACAAUGUUCUAAAAUGAUUCAUGGUUUUGUUAAAUAAAAAUAAUUGUAUUUAGUUUUA